UUAGCUGCCUGCAUGCCUGUCAACUGAUCGAUCCAUGGCGGCCAUAGAUUAUUCAAUCCUUGUGCUAAGCUUUUCCUUCCUCUGAUCAUCCUAUCCCGUUCUGCCCCCAUACAUUUAUCAACCCCGUUCCCGUCCCGUUCCCCCACUCUCUCUCUCUCUCUCCUCGACCAAGCUGCAAACCCUCUCCCUCCAUCCUCUCUGCAGCAGCUACCUUCUGAGCAGGAUCAAGGGAGGGAGGCGGCAGAGGAGGAAGAAGCAGCCAAGAACUCUUCUGGAGGGUGCACGCAGAUCGCACGAUCGACGACGAACACUCGAGGCUAGGCAGCAGACAAUGAGUUAAGGAUCAGAAAGGCAGAUCAGAGAGACAAGCCUGGAGACAAAAAGCUCAUCCCUGUCUACUAGCUACUAUAUCCCUGCUCCUGCUAGCUAGCUAGACAGAUCUCUGGGUUUUUCUCUACAAGGUUCCAUCACGCGUCUCACUGAUUUCGACUGAUCAAACAGAGGUUUAGUUAUACACCGAUCGAUCGGACGACAUGAGUGGCAGCACACAACCACAGGUUCCUCCGGGUUUUCGCUUCCACCCAACCGAUGAGGAGCUUGUGGAUUACUACCUCCGCAAGAAGGUGGCCUCGAGGAGGAUCGACCUAAACGUCAUCAAGGAUGUUGAUCUCUACAAGAUAGAGCCAUGGGAUCUCCAAGAGAAAUGCAGGAUAGGGCCUGAGGAGGAGCAGAGCGACUGGUACUUCUUCAGCCACAAGGACAAGAAGUACCCGACCGGGACCAGGACGAACCGUGCGACCGCGGCGGGGUUCUGGAAGGCGACGGGGAGGGACAAGCCCAUCUAUGCAAAGCACUGUCUGGUUGGCAUGAGGAAGACCCUGGUGUAUUACAAGGGCAGAGCUCCCAAUGGCCAGAAAUCCGAUUGGAUCAUGCACGAGUACCGCCUCGAGACCAAUGAGAAUGGCCCUCCACAGGAGGAAGGAUGGGUAGUAUGCAGGGUGUUCAAGAAGAGAUUGCCCACAACAAGAAGAGAUUUAGACCAUGAUGCACCAUGCUGGUAUGUUGAUGACGAUGGGCCCUUCAUGCAUGAUCUAAAUUCUCCGAUGAGAGGAAUGCCGCCUCAUCACAGCAUGGCGCUGCAAGAACAGCACCUCCAGAUGCUCAACAACACCUACAAGAGAGAGCUGAAGCUACAGUACCAAAUGCCAAACCAUCAUCAUGUUCUCAACACCAUUCCUCACGAGCUAGAGAGCCCUUCUUCCUUCCACUCUCUUUUGGUAUCGCAAGACGAUCACCAGAUCAAUGUGCACCAUGCCCAGCACCACCAUGUUCAACUUAUUGACCAUGCCGUCGACGACCAAGCUGCCACCGACUGGAGAGUUCUGGACAAGUUCGUUGCAUCUCAGCUUAGUAACGAUGCAGCCAAGGGUGUCGAUUAUGCUCAUGAAGGAGACAUUCUUCAGCUCAACGAGAAGGUGCAAGAGGUAGCAACUGAUUACGCGUCGACCUCAACAUCGAGCAGUCAAGUUGAUCCAUGGAAGUGAUGAGCAGCAGCACCAAUCGGAUAUACUAGCAUCCCAUCUAUAAUUAUUAUAUUAAGGAGUUACAAUAAGGAUGAUGAUCAUAUAUCAAUUAUUGGACAGAUAAGUAUUUUGAGUUACAUAACGCCGUGUAAAUAAGACUAUUACAUAUGCUGUGUGUAGUGUUGUGCUGCUUACGUGCUUCAGGGGACAUUGUACUAAAUAUACAAUUACAUAUCUCUGUGUUGCUAUAUAUAUGAAAUAAUAUCAUGGAGAACAUAAA